AUGUUCUCUUUCUGUUUUUGUCAGGUGAAAGGCCCUAAUAUUGGACUUAUUGGCUUCUCCAAAGGCGGUGACCUGUGUCUCUCCAUGGCCUCCUUCUUAAAGGGCAUCACAGCCACUGUACUCAUCAAUUCCUGUGUGGCAAAUUCAAUGACUGCUCUGCAUUACAAGGAAAUGACUAUUCCUUCUCUUGGCAGUGACCUAAGCAAAUGUACAGUCACCGAGUCAGGCUUUCUGGAGAGUUUGCAUAUUUGGAAUAACCCACUGGAAAAGCCUAACCACCAAAGUCUCAUACCAUUGGAAAAAGCUCAAGGGCCCUUCUUGUUUAUUGUUGGCAAGGAUGAUCAUAGCUGGAAUGGCGAAUUCUAUGCUCGUAUAGCCUCUGACCGGUUACAGGCCCAUAGGAAAGACAAACCCCAGAUAAUCUGCUACCCAGGAGCUGGUCAUUGUCUUGAUCCACCUUAUUUUCCUGCUCGCAUAGCCUCAGUGCAUCCAGUUUUGGGCUUACCAGUAUUCUAUGGAGGCGAGCCAAGGGCUCAUGGAAGAGCACAGGUGGAUGCCUGGCAGCAAAUUCAAACCUUCUUCCAUAAACAUCUUGAUGCUAAACAAUCCUUUAAGCACAGCAAAUUAUAAUAUUAUAAUCAUUGACUUUCAAAACUAACUCCCAUUAAGUUCAUUCUGACUCAUAGAGACCCGAUAGGACAGGGUAGACCUGCCUCUGUGGGUUGUCAAGACCGUAAC